GGUUAAUCGGAAAGAGGCGUGGCUUGCGUCGGCUUAGCCCGCGAAGGCGGUCGGCGGCGGCUGGAGCGAUCGAGCGGCGGCGGUGGCGGCGGCGUUGAGGGAUGGGGCGAAGCGCGGCGCUAGAGAAAGCCAUUUGAGUGUCCUAGCAAGUUACAAAACAACUGUCUUCUCAAACGUGUAAACAGAGAGGAUAUUCUCUACUCCCUUUUUUAAAUGCUUUGUGGGAAAAAAUCCCCCUGCCGCCCAGUCUCUCGGCUGUGACACGGACUCAGAGAUGAGGAAUAUCUGUUGUGUUGGUGGAAGAGUAUGGAAACAGCUGUGUUGUACUCCCUUCACUUUGACAUAAGGGGGCUGCAGCUCGUCUGCUUCUUCAUUGGGAAAGAGAAAUCUUUUGAGCAGAGGAAGAAGCUGGAGAGCAGGUUGUGAGCCAUGCCUUUGGUGAAAAGGAACAUCGAACCGCGGCAUCUCUGCCGAGGAGCUCUGCCAGAAGGAAUUACUAGUGAACUGGAAUGUGUAACGAAUAGUACCCUUGCUGCUAUCAUACGCCAGCUAAGCAGCUUAAGCAAACAUGCUGAAGAUAUAUUUGGUGAGUUGUUUAAUGAGGCCAACAGCUUCUACAUCAGAGCAAAUUCCCUUCAAGACAGAAUUGAUCGCCUUGCUGUCAAAGUUACCCAGCUGGAUUCAACAGUAGAAGAGGUUUCAUUACAGGAUAUAAACAUGAAAAAAGCAUUCAAGAGCUCAACAAUUCAAGAUCAGCAGGUAGUUUCAAAGAAUAGCAUUCCUAAUCCGGUAGCUGAUAUUUAUAAUCAGAGUGACAAACCACCACCUCUGAAUAUUCUUUCACCUUAUAGGGAUGAUAAGAAAGAUGGAUUGAAGUUCUAUACUGAUCCUUCCUAUUUUUUUGAUCUUUGGAAAGAAAAAAUGUUACAAGAUACUGAAGAUAAGCGAAAAGAAAAGAGGAGACAAAAGGAGCAAAAGCGUAUAGAUGGCACCACCCGUGAGGUGAAAAAGGUUAGAAAAGCCAGGAACAGACGCCAGGAGUGGAAUAUGAUGGCAUAUGACAAAGAGCUUAGACCUGACAACAGGUUGUCUCAAAGUGUGUACCAUGGAGCAUCUUCCGAGGGAUCACUGUCCCCAGAUACUAGGUCCCAUGCAUCUGAUGUUACAGAUUAUUCUUAUCCUGCUACUCCGAAUCAUUCCCUCCAUCAGCAGAUAGCGAUGCCUUCAUAUGGAACGGGAGAUGGUCCACAGUACAUGGCAGCAUCCCAAAGCCAUGAGCAUGAAUACAGACCACCUUCCACCACUGUGCGACAUGCUACUUUAAACAGACCUCAGCAACCACCUCCGCCACCACCCCAGCCUUCAGAUGGCCAACAUAGCUCAGUGCCACCUAUGGUGCCAGCAGAAUAUGGGAUGCUUCCAGCUCAGAUGGUGGAUUAUUACAAUCCUACUGGUCCGCCCCCUCCACCUCCUCCCCCUAUGAUUCCUUCAGCACAAACCGCAUUUGUUAGUCCCCUUCAGCUUCCUGUGCCACCUUCCCAUUCUGGACUGGUGACUGGCUCUGCAUAUGCGGCUACUCAUCCUCCUCCUUCUAGUGGGCUGAUUGUCACUGCUCCUCCUCCUCCUGGCCCACCUCCCCCUCCUCCAGGCCCUCCUGCUACAGGUUCAUCCCUCUCUUCCUCCCCAAUGCAUGCUUCUCCAGCUACGGAGGCAAAACGUCAUGAACCUGCACAGCCACCAAUAAGUGAUGCACGGAGUGAUCUUCUUGCUGCCAUUCGAAUGGGAAUUCAGCUGAAAAAGGUGCAGGAGCAACGUGAGCAAGAAGCGAAGCGAGAGCCUGUUGGAAAUGAUGUCGCAACCAUCCUUUCAAGACGCAUUGCCGUGGAAUACAGCGAUUCUGAUGAUGAUUCAGAGUUUGAUGAGAACGAUUGGUCAGAUUGAACCUAGUCCAAGCCCAGUGACAAGUUCAUGAAAUCCUUGGCUUCGGUGAUUGCUUUUGUAGCAAGGUGUGAAGCAGGGCACUGAUGUGUAUGAAGGCUAGUGAUUGAAGUGCUAAAAUCAAAUUGCUGUAACUGCAAAUGGUGUAGCUUAACAACUCUGGUAAUAAUGAUGUGAUUAUGCUUAUGCAGAUCAGAAACUUGUCUUACUUUCAGUAUUUACUGUGUAAUACUUAAGUGCCACUAAAUGUAGCAAAUCACGUGCUGUGUGCAAAAUAUGCUGCAGUUGUUGCACUGUUACAGAACCAGCAUUUUAUUUUACUUUUCUGAUCGUGAAGGGAUGAAGUAUAUUUUUUUGACUUUACAUCUUUAUUCUUUUGAUUAUGUAAGCAACCCUUGAUACUUGUGAAUUGGUUGUUAGUCUUUGAGGGCAGUUAACUGUAUAACUAAGUGUUGAGUUCCAUAAAGCUAACUUUUAGCUUAUUUUAUUUUUAUGCCCACCUUAGUCUAUUUUUAAUCACUUCUGGGCUUAUUUUGCUUUUCCAUACAGAAUUGGUUUUAUGUAAUCUUCCUUUUAAUAUUAAAAAUGUAGCAGAUGAUGAAGUGUAUGCUUUGAAGAAUGAAUACACGUGAUCCAAAAUUAAUAUUUUGCAGGCAGGCUGGAUAAAUUUGUAACACUGCCAGCUCUAGGCUAGCUGCUUGUUGGGUAGGGCACUGGGGCGUCUCAGGUAGGUAGGUAGCAGAUGCAUGUCCCUGUUAAAAAUUAAAGUUAAAACGCCCAUAGGGCUUUUCAUUUUAUGAUACAGAUCAGCUAGAAGCAAAGACUUCAGGGUAGACCUGAUUGAAGCCAUAUGGAGAAAUGGUACUUUUUCUGUUAUUAUUGAAAAUGGGAACUAUUGUCAGUCCAGAUCUAGCAAUCAGGUACGCUUCAAAAGUAUGAAACUUAGUCUUUAUGCCUGUAGGUAUAAAUGUUUGUAAAUAAGUUUUGUUGCUGUUGAUUUGUAUCUGUAGAUAGUUUUCUGUUUCCUGUAGCACGUUUACUCAAAACUACUAUUACUUUGAAUGUAUUUCUUUCCCAGUACAUCCCACUGAUAAUACAGUUUUAAUGGCUGUUUAGGUACCAUACCAUAUAUGUACACUUCUGUCCUCCUUCCCUAGGAACAGUUGCUGCCAUUCUGUCUCUGUUUGGUUUAAAGAUAAUUCCUUUUUCUUUUACUCAGUACAGUAUUAAAAUGUCUUUUUGGUUGAUUCUCUCUUCUGGGCUGAGAGUCAGGCUGCUGCUUGGCCUAAUGAGGUUCUUUUAACUGUAUUCAUAGUAGGGGAAGAGUUCUUUCCUUACUAGAUUGCAAUUUUAAUCUUUGUAACUGAAGUCUGUGUAAUUCAGAUCUAACAUUUGGUAAAGCUCCUUUGUUCAGUGAGGCCCUGUCUGUUCUCAAAAACAAAGUAUGUAAAAUAAAAGGAGAAAUGGGAAAUAAUUAUCUAACUUGUGUUUACACAAUUAACGGUUUUAGUCCUGAGAGUGUAACAGUCUAACACGGUGUUUGCAUGCAAACUAAUGGCUACUUCAUUGCUAUUUAUUCUGCGUAUGAUUUUCCAGUCUGUGGUGGCUGUUUUUACAGUAGGGUGGUAACACGCUGCCUCACUGUUGGUGUUAAAGUUUAUUACACAAAGUAGGACCAACCUCUGUGUAAGGGUGAGCAACUACAGCUCUUGUUAAUGGGUGGCAGCUAAAUGUAUUCAUCUGUUUCAGCUGGAACUGCUUUUGUCUUUGCCUUAAAAUACAGAGGUGAAGUCUGCUUUAUUGAGUGUCCUGCAGCCUGAGGUCUGUGUGUCUGCUGCCAAGGACAAUUUAGGCCAUACUUUGAUGGUGGUUUUCAUCAAAGUUUGAGAGAUGGUUUGUUCUGAUCAUCACAGUGCUCUUGCACGAUGUCUUGUAAAAUGAUUCUGUGGACAGGUAGGCUAAAAUUGCAACUGGGACUGCAGUGUUACAUCCUUGUCUAGGUGGGGCAGGUGCUCUCCGUGUUCUUUUAAUACAUGCUGGAAUGAAGUAUUUUGGAAGAACGUUCUUUCCAAUCUACCGAAAUUCGAUAGGAUUGAAGAUAUAUUUUAUGAUCACAGAAGUUGGACAUGUCUGAAAUUUUGUAAUUGAUGUUAAUUUUAAAUAAUAAACAUCAAACAGGCAAUCAGUUGUGGCCAGUUCAGGUAGUGUAUAUUUCUCCAUCACAGUAGCCAACCUGUUUUCCUGAAGCUGCAAUGUUGUCAUAUUCCUUUUGGUAUUUUAUUAAUAAAAUGUGAAUUGAAUUUAGUGAUGUAAACUAACCAUAUUCUAGGCUGUUUUUAUUGAUUUUAUCAUACUUUGAGUUGUGAAUAAGUAACGAAUAUGAAUAAAAUCUCACUUUUGAGACUGUCUUU